GUGUGUUAGUCCUUAUUGAUAAUAACUUUGAUUGGUUUAAUAGCGAAUUUGUAUUAACUUUGAAUCACCGUUCACUAGAAAUGAGUGCUGAAGAACACAAGAAACCUGUUUUCCGGGAGCUUCAGGCGGAUGAUAAUGACCCCGAAAUCACGGAAAUUAGUUCACUUUGUUUCAAUUGCGGCAAAGACGGUAUGACAAAACUGUUGCUGACAAAGAUACCCUUCUACAAAGAGAUCAUAUUAAUGUCAUUUGAAUGUGAGCAUUGUGGUUUUAAGAACAAUGAAGUACAGUCGGGUGACAAAAUUCAGGAGAAAGGAGUUCUUAUUCAAGUCUCUAUCACCUCCCCAAUUGACCUAAACAGGCAGGUCAUCAAAUCAGAUUAUGCUACUGUUAAAAUUCCAGAAAUUGAAUUUGAAGUACCACCCCAAUCUAAGAGGGGAGAAAUAACAAAUAUUGAGGGUGUUCUAAGUAGAUGCAUAGCAGGUCUUGAACAAGACCAACCAGUAAGAAAAGCCUUGGAUCCAGAGUCAGCUGAAAAAAUUGAAGCCUUUAUACAAGUAUUGAUUGAUACAAAGAAAUGUGAAAAGCCUUUUACAUUUAUUAUAGAUGACCCUUCUGGAAAUAGCUUUGUUGAAAAUUUGAAUGCUCCACAUGUCGACCCUGCUCUGACAAUUACGCACUUUGAACGAAACAAAGAGCAAAAUCACCUUGUCGGAAUAUAUGAAGAAGAAUUGAAGAAAAUCAAAGAAGAAGAAGAAGAGGAAGAAACUGACGCAGUUACCGAAAAAAAUGUAACUCCCGAUACCUUGGCAGACGAAGUGCUACAUUUUGGGACAAACUGCCCGUCAUGCAACGCACCGUGUGAAACCAACAUGAAACUUACCAGCAUACCAUUUUUCAAGGAAGUGAUUAUCAUGGCAACGAACUGUGAUGCCUGUGGCCACCGAACCAAUGAGGUAAAGUCAGGUUCGGGUAUCAACGAGAAAGGUGUCAAAAUAACAUUGCGCGUCACCGAUCCCAUCGAUCUCUCGCGUGAUGUAUUAAAAUCGGAAACCUGCUCCAUGUCCAUCCCUGAACUAGACUUCGAAGUUGGCGCAGGAACUUUAGGCGGGAAGUUCACAACACUAGAAGGCUUAUUGGUUGCCAUGAAGGACCAGCUCACUGGACAAAACCCGUUGUUGUGCGGAGAUAGUGCUACGUUAACCUUGAAAGAGCGAAUGCAAGAGUUCAACGAAAAACUGGAUAACAUAAUCAGUGGAAAAACAUUUGGAUGUCGUAUCAUCCUCGAUGACCCUGCUGGCAAUAGCUACUUGCAGAAUGUCUACGCACCAGAAGCUGAUCCAGAAAUGGAAAUAGUGUAUUACGAACGAACGUUCGAGCAUAACGAGGAACUCGGGUUGAACGACAUGAAGUUGGAAGACUAUGAAGAAAAUGAGUAACUUUUAACUUGGCAAUGCAUUGUCAGUGGUGGUAUUUUUAACAAGGAUUGUGAACAUAUACCUUUGUGGAAAAAGU